ACUUUGGUCAAGAGGAGGGGCAGUAAAUUUCUUUGUAGGAGUACCCUUCAGAGACGAUCUUUGUUAUCUGAGUGUCCUACUAGUGCCACUGAUAAGGAAGAGAUACUGCGGAAAGAAAGAUUCUAGGAAGAAAUCAUCCUUUUGUGAGGUUUUAAUGCAAAACAUAGUUCCCUUCUUACUGUAGAUAUGAGCAAUCAGCAAGUGAUUUAUUCUACCCUGAGAUUUCUUCAGUCUCCUUCAGAGUCACCAAAUAGAUUGAGGCCAGAUGGGAAUCAAAAGUCUGGGAACACUGAUGGCAAAGGGUUUUCAGUGCCCUGGUAUCUCAUUGCAGUAAUUCUUGGGAUCCUGUGUUUACUACUAUUGGCGACAGUUGCUGUGUUGGGGACAAAGAUUUUUCAGUAUACUCAAGAAAACCGUCGGCAGAGGGAAAUGAUAGGAAACCUGACUCAAGAGCACCACAUUUUGCAAAAUGACAGCUACUUAAAGGAGAAACUUUUGAAAUAUAAGACUUUAGAAUAUAACAUUCUCAAAAAUGAAUUGCUUCAGCAAAAAAAGAAACAGGAUUUACUCUUUACAAAUAGGACAUGUCAGAGAGAAAAUAAAGGCAAAGUCUAUGGAAACUGCUGGUCCUGUUAUGGAAUAAAGUGUUAUUAUUUUAUUCCUGAAAGUAAAAACUGGAGCAGAUGUAAACAGACUUGCCAAAGUUAUAAUUCAUCCCUUUUGAAGAUAAGUGAUGAAGAUGAACUGGCCUUUAUUCAAUCCCAAACUUAUAGGAAUAACUACUGGAUCGGAUUAUCAUAUGAUGACAGAGAACAAAAAUGGAAAUGGAUUAACACUGGCCCACCUUUUGGGAUUAACUAUACAUUCAUGAGUUCUUCUGGAAGAGGACAAUGUGCAUUUUUAAGCUCAACAAGAACAGCAACUAUUGAGUGCUCUAAGACCUACAAUUGUAUCUGUGAGGAGAGAAUUCAUGAUGUUUUCUCUGCCUACUUUGAUAGGUACAAGAAGAAAAGAGAUAUAAAGAGUGAGAGAACACAAGCAGGGGGAGCAGCAGAAGCAGGCUCCCCACUGAGCAGGGAGUCCGACACAGGGCUUGAAUCCAGGACUCCAGGACUGGGGGAUCUUGGCCUGAGCUGAAGGAAGAUGCUUAACCAGCUGAGCCACCCAGGCACCCCUGUUCAAUCUUUUUUAAAACUGGGUUUGCCUGUACCCCUGGGGAUAAAAAUAUAAGUUUAUAAAAAAUAAAAAAUAAAAAAAAUUAAAAAAAUAAAACUGG